UUUGCUGCAUUUUGAAGCAACAACAGUCAUUUUCUUCCGCCUUCUGUACCAUUCAGUCUCUUUCUAAACCUUUCCGCUUCCGCGUUCUAUCCGCUGCUUUUUUCCUUCCGCUUCCUUUUGGCUUCCGCUUUUUAAAAUUAGGCAGGGCCAUAUCCAUGAAUACUUAUACCCACCUUAGCUGAGGUUUAAUGUGUCUCUAUAGUAGUUCUGGAGACUAGGGAUAAACCUCCUAAGCCUUCUAAACACCCCUUUGUUUCACCCAACUUUUUUUUGUUUUUAAACAAGUCCGCAAAUUAAAUCCGCAAAUCUCUUCCAUAAAAAUAAUUUUUAUUCUAAAAAGACCGCCACAUCGUCGUCUAUCGAUUUACUUACCACUCUCUAAUGUUCUUUCUUUUUUUAUUUUCUUUCCAGCCUAAACAUUGUUAUUGUGUUUAUCAACUUUUAUCAUACUAUUUUUUCGUUUUUAUUUUAAAAUUUCUUUUAUAUUUUUUUUCUUUCUCGAAUUUUUUUUUCUCAGUUUUUUCAUCAUUUUUAAGCUUUUUGCCAGUUUUUCAAACGGCUCUUAAUUUUAGUACAAAGACAAAAUGCCUAGCGACAAAUUGCCCAACCAUACAAAACUGUGGGGUACUGUAUCGAGACCGGGUGAGCGCAAGAGACAAUUUUUAA